AUGUCUUCUACCAAGGUUACUAGAUCUCUCGCUGUCCCUAAACCAUCAAUCUCUACUGACAGCCAUGGUAACUCUUCUUUCAACAGACCCAUUACCAUCUUUUCUGAUUUCGAUGGUACCAUUUUCCUCCAAGACACUGGCCACAUUCUCUUUGACAACUUUGGCUGUGGUCCUGAGAAGCGCAAGGAACUUGACAGUAUGAUUGGCACUGGCGAAAAGACUUUCCGCGGUGCAUCCGAAGAAAUGUGGGGAUCUCUCAAUGUCACUUUGGAAGACGGCUUCGUCAAGAUGAAGGAAGAACUUGUCAUGGACAAGCACUUUAAAGAAUUCUUUGAUUACACCAUUAAGAGCAACAUUCCCUUCAAUGUGAUUUCAGCCGGUCUGAAGCCACUUCUCAGACACGCUCUCGAUGAGUUCCUUGGUAAGGAAAAGUCAGCCAAGAUUGGAAUUGUGUCCAAUGAUGCCACCAUUUCCCGCGACGGCUCGGAGUGGAUCCCAAUUUGGAAACACGAUACUGAGCUUGGCCAUGACAAGGCUAAAUCUAUCCAGGACUUUAAGAUGUCAGUCUCUGGAGAAAUUCCUCUCAUUGUCUUUGUUGGUGACGGUGUUUCCGAUCUUGCUGCUGCUAGCCAGGCUGAUAUUCUCUUUGCUAGACAAGGCCUUGCUCUUGAGGAGUACUGCAUCAAGAACCGCAUUCCUUAUAUUCCAUAUGAGUCGUUUGCCGAUAUUCAAGACGAGCUUGAGAAUCUCGUUGUUGGUAACAAGCACCAUGAUGCGAGCGCAAAGAAGCUGGCUUCCAGACCCUCGUAUAUGAGAACCUCAAGCACCAGCCAGGUUCCUGUCGAGUCUUCAAGAAAUAUGAAGCCUUCCAUGCUCAGCGCCUAUGUCAGCUAA